CCGGCUCCAAGCGCUGGCGGCCCAGUCCGUCGGCCCGUCGGUCCGCUCGUCCGCUGCCGGUGCCGAGCGCGCCUAGGCCGUCGUCGCUGUCCCUUCGUCUGUCCGGCCCGAAGCGGCGGCCGGGCGCUCACCAUGGCGUCGUUCAUCUGGGUGCAGCUGAAGAAGACCUCGGAGGUGGACCUGGCCAAGCCGCUGGUCAAGUUCAUCCAGCAGACGUACCCGAGCGGCGGCGAGGAGCAGGCCCAGUACUGCCGCGCGGCCGAGGAGCUCAGCAAGCUGCGGCGCUCGGCGCUCGGCCGCCCGCUGGACAAGCACGAGGGCGCGCUGGAGACGCUGCUGAGAUAUUAUGACCAGAUUUGUUCUAUUGAACCCAAGUUCCCAUUUUCUGAAAAUCAGAUCUGCUUGACAUUUACGUGGAAGGAUGCUUUUGAUAAAGGUUCCCUUUUUGGAGGAUCUGUAAAAUUGGCUCUUGCAAGCUUAGGAUAUGAAAAGAGCUGUGUGUUGUUCAACUGUGCUGCCUUAGCUAGCCAGAUCGCAGCAGAGCAGAACCUGGAUAAUGAUGAAGGACUGAAAACCGCUGCUAAGCAGUACCAGUUUGCUAGUGGUGCCUUUUUACAUAUUAAAGACACAGUUUUAUCUGCCUUAAGUCGAGAGCCUACUGUGGACAUAUCUCCAGAUACUGUGGGGACCCUCAGUCUUAUUAUGCUGGCCCAAGCUCAAGAAGUAUUUUUCUUAAAAGCCACAAGAGAUAAGAUGAAGGAUGCCAUCAUAGCGAAGCUGGCCAAUCAGGCUGCCGAUUACUUUGGCGAUGCUUUCAAACAGUGUCAGUACAAAGAUGCCCUCCCCAAGGAGGUAUUCCCUACCCUGGCUGCAAAGCAGUGCAUCAUGCAGGCUAAUGCUGAGUACCACCAGUCCAUCCUGGCCAAGCAGCAGAAGAAGUUUGGGGAAGAGAUCGCAAGGUUGCAGCAUGCAGCAGAACUGAUUAAGAAUGUGGCCUCUCGCUAUGAUGAAUAUGUCAAUGUGAAGGAUUUUUCUGACAAAAUCAACCGUGCCCUGGCUGCAGCAAAGAAGGAUAAUGAUUUUAUUUAUCAUGACCGUGUUCCGGACCUUAAGGAUCUGGAUCCUAUUGGCAAAGCCACGCUUGUGAAACCCACUCCAGUUAAUGUACCCAUCAGCCAGAAGUUCACGGAUUUGUUUGAGAAGAUGGUGCCUGUGUCUGUGCAGCAGUCCCUGGCUGUGUUUAGUCAGAGGAAAGCUGACUUGGUUAACAGAUCAAUCGCUCAGAUGAGAGAAGCUACAACUUUGGCAAAUGGAGUACUGGCUUCCCUUAACCUUCCAGCAGCAAUUGAAGAUGUGUCUGGAGACACUGUACCUCAGUCUAUACUUACCAAGUCCACAGCUGUAGUCGAGCAGGGAGGCAUCCAGACUGUCGACCAGCUGAUAAAAGAGCUGCCUGAGCUGCUACAAAGAAAUAGGGAAAUAUUAGAGGAGUCACUAAGAUUGUUGGAUGAAGAAGAAGCAACUGAUAAUGACUUAAGAGCAAAAUUCAAGGACCGGUGGCAAAGGACUCCAUCCAAUGACCUGUACAAGCCUUUACGAGCAGAGGGAGCCAAGUUCAGAGCCGUUUUAGAUAAAGCGGUGCAAGCGGAUGGACAGGUGAAGGAGCGCUACCAGUCCCACCGAGACACCAUCGCCCUUCUGUGUAAGCCAGAGCCGGAGCUGAAUGCCGCCAUCCCUUCUGCUAACCCAGCAAAGACCAUGCAGGGCAGUGAGGUUGUAAAUGUCUUAAAAUCCUUAUUAUCAAAUCUUGAUGAAAUAAAGAAGGAAAGAGAGGGUCUUGAGAAUGACCUGAAGUCAGUGAAUUUUGACAUGACAAGCAAGUUUUUGACAGCUCUGGCCCAAGAUGGCGUGAUAAAUGAGGAGGCUCUUUCUGUCACUGAGCUGGAUCGGAUCUAUGGUGGGCUAACAACUAAAGUUCAAGAGUCUCUGAAGAAACAGGAGGGACUUCUAAAAAAUAUACAGGUCUCACACCAGGAAUUCUCCAAAAUGAAGCAGUCUAACAGUGAGGCCAGCCUGAGGGAAGAGGUCCUGAAGAACUUAGCGACCGCGUACGACAACUUCGUGGAGCUCGUAGCUAACUUGAAAGAGGGCACAAAGUUUUACAAUGAGCUGACUGAAAUCCUGGUCAGGUUCCAGAACAAAUGCAGUGACAUAGUGUUUGCACGGAAGACGGAAAGAGAUGAGCUCUUGAAGGAUCUGCAGCAGAGCAUUGCCAGAGAGCCCAGCGCUCCUUCUAUCCCUCCGCCAGCAUAUCAGUCCUCCCCAGCAGGGGGACAUGCGACAGCUCCAACUCCAGCUCCAAGAACCAUGCCGCCUGCUAAGCCCCAGCCUCCAGCCCGGCCUCCACCUCCUGUGCUUCCUGCAAACCGAGUUCCUCCUGCUGCUGCCGCUACUGCCCCUGCAGGGGUGGGGACUGCUUCAGCAGCACCGCCACAGACCCCUGGCUCUGCUCCCCCUCCACAGGCUCAGGGACCACCGUAUCCCACCUAUCCAGGAUAUCCCGGGUAUUGCCAAAUGCCCAUGCCCAUGGGCUACAACCCCUACACAUAUGGCCAGUACAAUAUGCCGUACCCACCGGUGUAUCACCAGAGCCCUGGACAGGCUCCGUACCCAGGACCCCAGCAGCCUACCUACCCCUUCCCUCAGCCCCCGCAGCAGUCAUACUAUCCACAGCAGUAAUGCCACCACGCGCUGCUGGUUCAGAUCAGAGCGACAGGACAGCGGCUGCCACCACGCUCUAAGCCACACUCUGGCCACUCGAGAAUAUCUCGCUCUCCUGAUGCCUGUGGAUGAUUUCUGUCUGUGGAUAAAACCGAAGGCUGGGCCCCACCUCCACAUUUGAUCGCACUUGUGAGAUUCUGCUGCUGUUGCAGCAUAAACGCUAGCUAUGAUAGCAAUGGAAAAAAUUACAGUUCCAUAAAACGCUGAAAAUGACAAUUAAACCUGCAAGUGAAACCUUUGAAAUUAGCAUACUUUAUAAGAUGAGGUUGGGACAAGGAUGGCUUAAAUACUGAUAUUUAAGGAAAAAGUUUUCUUUCUCUUGGUUUAUUGAUUUAGUUUAAUUUCUAUUAUGAUAUUUUGCAUAAUCAAGGCAUUGUAAAUCUUAUAAUUUAAAAAUAAAUUACUUACGAACAGUUGUCAUUGUUAUGGUUUGUCCUUGAUUCUCAUUGCUGUCUGAUUCCUUUCUGGUGUUAGCCUCUCCUUUGUAUGUUCACAGGCUCCGUGUACUGUGUUGGACUGCAUGGACUGCAGACUGGCAGUCAGGUGAGGGCUGCCCUGAGAGCCCAAGCGCACCAGCUUGUCUGCCAUACUCUCCUUAGUCAGUCCUGUUGACACUGAUUUUUAAAAGUCCUAUAAUGUGGGAGACACACACAAUUGUUACCAAAGAUUCUUCAAAUAAAUAUAAAAUUUAAAAGUAUGUAUUUAAUGUUUUAUUAUUAGAUUUUCCAAGAAAAUGAUGCAAAUUCUGGUAAUAAUUCACUUCCCUUACCCAUAAUCCGGUCAAAGUGAGUAGUUUUAGCCGUACAGUGCCAGGAUGUGUAGAGCCUGGCGAAAGCUCCUGUGCCUUUCUCGUCCUUGGCUCCAUCUACUCUUGUCCUGUGAUGGUGACUGUGCGCAGUGUACUGGAACAGAUCUUCUUAACCCUUCUUUUCAAAUUUCAUAUUAUGAUUUUUUAUUUUCUGUGGUUCCUGGAAGCUGAGGUUAUUCUGUAAUCCAGGAGCAUGUAAGACAAUUGGUGGGGCUGCGUGCAAGCCCCAAACAGUGAGGUCUCGGGGGCUCUGCCUGUGCGAGGCUCUUGUCCAACAGAACAGGCGUACAGACAGAUUUCCUAAUCUGUGUUUGUCUUCUAAGUUUAAUGCUGACAUCUUGUUUCUCAUCUCGUUUAAAUGAUACUGUCACUUAGUCCUCAUUGCUCUCAAUGACAAUUCAGGCUGAUACUUUCAAAUGUAAGACUGAAGAUACGAUUGUACAAGGGAGUAAACUGGUUUAAAUGUGUGUAUUUAAAGCUCCGUGCUUUGUUGUAUGCAGAAAACACAGACCAAUCGCCGGGAAUGUGGACAUUGGCUUAAACCUCGACAAAACGUAACAAACGUGCCAUUGCUCAGCUCCGUGCUCCGCGGUACUCGGUGUAUGAGACAGUGUAUUUGAAUCCUCUGUAAAUGCAUUUGAAUUUUAUAUUCUCCCCUCCUGAGUUCUUAUACUGACACGAGACAUCCCCCGAGUUAGGGAGCUCCCAGACUGCUAGUGUAUUCCUUACUAAUGCAAAACAACCACCAAAAGAAAAAAAUAGAAAAAAGAAAAAAAAAGUGGCCUGAAUAUUCUCUUGGGGAAAGGGGGUUGGAGGUCUAACGGGAAGGGCAAGUGCAUCAGAGAGCCAAAGGGAGGAGGGGUCAGGCCGGCGGCCAUUUCCUCCUGCCCUGUGCUAUGCUUCCAGGCUCACAGCGGACAGUCAGCGGGGGAGGGCCCCUUCCAGUUGCCUCCCAGCUCAGCUCCUGAGGGAAGCCUCUUGCCAGGUGUCUCCCCCUUCACGCUGCUCAGGAUGCUCCGGUCUCGGGUCAGGUGCCCUUACCCUGCAGCGCCAACUUUGCCUUCCUAGGCCUGUUCGGUUUGCUGGCCGGAAGCCUCCUCAUGCGCCUGUUGUCUAGAUGGCGUCCCUCACCAUCAGCACACCCUAACUGUGCUCCGUUGGCUGUGCUCUUUAGAACACACUGCAGAAGUUAGCACGCACGAUGGCUGUUUACUCGGAGGUAGAAGGUUCCACUCUGGCUUAAGUAUGUUAUCCCGUGUUUAUAAUGAGACUUUCUGCAACCUUCUUAAGUGGAGGUGCCUGUCCCCAGGCCAUGUAUGUUGGCUUUUUAAGCCUCUUAAGAAGUGGAUUACCUGCCAACUACUGAAGCUUUGUGGAGACACCAGUCAGAAGAGGGGAAACCAUCCAACUUGGAUUUCCUGCCCCCAGCGAUGGAUGGGUGGCUUGACUACUCAGUGUGGUGUCGGUCUCUGAGCUGAAGAACCGUUUCUUUGUUCUUUGGUCCCUUUCUUGAUUGAGUGGUCGCAUGUCACGCUGCAUAGCAACCAGUCUCUGAGACCCCGAGUCUGUACCCCGGCACCUUUGCAAUUAUGUCCCCCAGUAUAACCCACCUCUGUCCCAGCCAGCUACCUUUCUAGCCAAGACAGAUUCGCGGUAUCUUUUUUUCCCCAAUUGAGAUUUACAGUUUGUAAAUUUGUGUACAUUUCCUAAUUUCAUGAACAGGUAAAAUAGUAACCAGGCCUCAGUUUGCUAGUGGGAGUUUUUAAGUCCGUGACUAGUAUGUCUUGAAGCCUUGCUACAGCCCUGUGGCCUGUCACUUCUCAGACGUGCAGUCAGUUGACCCAUAGUGUGGAACCGGGCGCAGCUGGGCACGGCCUUCCAAGAAGAGUUAAAAUUGCUGGUUUAAGUACAGACUUUAGAACUAAAUGGAAGAGCAAAGAAGGAAAAUUAUAUUUUUAACAAAAGAGAAUAUUCAGGCUUUAUUUCUGGUAUGAAAUUUAUAUUUUUAAAGAAUAUAUAUCCUAUAUUAUCACACCGGAGACUUUAGAUUCCUUUCUGGUUACAGACAUUGCUGGUAGUUGGAUUCUAUUUUUAUUGUAUUCAUUUAUUUCUCUUAGGGGGAAAAUUGUAAAGAAACAAAGAUUCCGGAUGAAUGUAUCCUAGAAAUAAAAGUUGAGAGAUUCUUA